AUGGAAGGUCUCUCCAUCGAUCCCAAGUGGCUUAUCGACCCGAAGCUUCUCUUUGUUGGGCCACGCAUCGGCGAGGGCGCUCAUGCAAAGGUCUAUGAGGGGAAGUAUAAGAACCAAAAUGUUGCUAUCAAGAUUGUGCAAAAAGGGGACACCCCUGAGGAGAUGACCAAGAGGGAGGGGAGAUUCUUGAGAGAGGUGACCAUGCUGUCAAGCGUGCAGCACAAGAACCUCGUCAAGUUUAUAGGGGCCUGCCUAGAACCUGUCAUGGUGGUGGUGACAGAGCUACUAGUGGGGGGCUCGUUGCGCAAGUAUUUGGUCAGUCUCCGACCUAGGAACCUUGAGCCUCAUAUAGCAGUGGGGUUUGCAUUGGACAUUGCCCGAGCUAUGGAAUGCUUGCAUGCACAUGGGAUCAUUCAUCGUGAUCUUAAGCCUGAGAAUUUGUUGCUGACUGCAGACCAGAGAACAGUAAAACUUGUUGAUCUUGGUUUGGCUAGGGAAGAAACAUUAACAGAGAUGAUGACUGCUGAGACAGGAACAUACCGUUGGAUGGCUCCAGAGUUGUACAGCACAGUAACAUUGAGGCACGGAGAAAAGAAGCAUUACAACCACAAAGUAGAUGUCUACAGCUUUGCAAUUGUGUUGUGGGAACUCCUUCACAAUAAACUGCCCUUUGAGGGAAUGUCUAAUCUUCAAGCUGCGUACGCUGCUGCUUUCAAGAAUAUCAGACCAAGUGCUGAUAACUUGCCUGAGGAGUUGUCAGAAAUCCUAACAUCCUGCUGGAAGGAAGACCCAAACGAGAGACCAAACUUCACACAGAUAGUGCAAAUGCUCCUACAUUACCUAUCCACCCUUCCGCCACAAGAAACCUUGGCCCCUCGCCGCACAUUCAGUUCGGAGAACACAAUCCUGCCUCCAGAAUCUCCUGGGACGAGCUCACUUAUGGCUUCUCGGGGUGACCUCGGUGACACACCGAAGGGCAAGAAGGAAGACAAGCCAAGGGGCUUCUUUUUCUGCUUCAGUGAGUGCUAUUAG